AUGCCGCCUGCUGGGGUCUCAUUGGGCAUCCAGGCCACCGGACAGAACACAUCUUCGCUGCCGCUGACGGUCCAUGCCGGCGACCUCCACUUCACAAAGAUCACUCCUGCCUCCAACCCCUUCACCUGUGCCUUGAGCGACGCUGAUUCCUUCCAGAGUCUUGGUGAAGGCGUGGCCACCUCUGGGCAGGACUACCCCAUCGACCCCGACCGAAAGGCGAGCACGGAGAUCUUCACUGAUCUCUGCUCCGGCAUGUGGACCAGCUGCGGCGUCCUCUCCAAUGAUGAACAGGGUGCGCUGGGGUGUGGCUUGGCCUACGCCAAUCUCACGUCCACCGCCACUCCGCGACUGGUCUCCAACCUCACCAACGCGUCGGCAAUCUUCUGCGGCGCCCUCUUCAACUGUGCUCUCCUCAAAUCCGGCCGUGCAUACUGCUGGGGCGCUGGAAUUGUGGGCCAAUUGGGGAACGGUGGAUCUGGCGUUGUGAGCAGCAUUACGCCAGUGCAAGUGGCCUCCAGCGCUCUGCCCAUCAUUGCGCUCAGCACCGGAAACAACCACGCCUGCCUCAUCUACUCGGAUUCUGGAGGCAAGUUGGGGAUCAACAACACCACACUCCCGUUUUCUGCGUUUCCGCAGCACAGUGUGGCCGGGCUCUACAAGCAGGUGUCGUGUGGCUCCUCUUCUACGUGUGCCAUUGGCACAAACGACAAGGUCUACUGCUGGGGAUCCUCUGAAAUCCUGGGACCUGAAAGCCCUGCGGCCGCCCCGGUGCUCAUUGAUGGCUUGCCCGGCUCCGUCCAGCACACUAACACCGGCCAGGACGUGGCUUGCGCCCAGACAACUGGUGGCACCGAGUACUGCUGGGGCACAGCACUCUAUGGCGAGCUUGGCCGCGGCAUCGUGUCCUCGGGAUCGGUCGUGGUGCCCCAGUCGGGCAAUUCUCUGUGCGGCCUGCUGGUCGCGCCCUCGCCCUCACCCUCGCCGUCGGCCGUGCCCAUCCCCCAGGCGCCCUUCGUGAAGCCCGUCUUCGACGACGUCGUUCCGCAAGUCAAGCUUCUGCCCGUUGACCAAGAGGGCGUGGUGGGCAAGCCCGAUGACGGCGCUCUGUUCUCGUUCGUUUCUGUCGAAGAGGUGUCGACCAAUGGCGUUGAGCGAAGCUUCUCGCUCGUGCAAGGACACGCUUCCAACAUCAAAGCUCAUGUGCGAUGCUCCAACAACGCAAUCACAACCACCACGCCAGCGCUCUGGGUGGCGGACAGCUUCGUUCCGGUGGGCGGGGGCGAUGCAACCACGGCCGUGGGAUACAAGAGCGAACUUUCCAACAACGUGACCGUGCGCUACAGCUUCUUCUCCUACAACCGCUCCCUCGACGUCGCCGUUGGCGACAACUUCACGUUGCCGAUGACACCCUCGUUCCUCAAGUUUUCUCUCGUCAUCACCACUUGGCCCUGGCUCGCCCCGAACAACAGCCUGAGGGUGACGCUCAAGGUGGCGCCGGCGUUCACCAGCGAGCGCACGGUGGUCAACUACCCCAAGGACGACAUGACCUCCCUUCUCCUCUCGUCUGCCAGCAGCGCAUCGUCGGUGCUGGUGCGGGUGAUCAACUUCGGCUUGGCCGGUGCCGAUGGCCGCGAGAGGGUCGGAGUGGAAACCAGCGCCAACGUCACCUCGUCGAGCCUCGUCUUCGCCGUAGACCACUUCGCCGACGACCUGGCCUACGACCCCGAUCUGUCGGUGUUGGUGGGACGACGGGGAGAGGACGGUGGCGGCGGAACCGACCUGGCGCUGAUCGUGGCCGUCUCGGUGGCGGUGCCCUUGGCCGUCUUGUUCGUGCUGGCGGUCAUCGUGGCCUCGCUCCUCAUCAUCCGCUACAGGAAAAACCGCCAAAGGAGUGCGCUCGGCGGUGUCAACUACGACGGCAGCGGCCCUGACGAACAGUUGUAA